UGCCGAGUGAUGUAAGCAGAAGACUCGCAAAUCUCGAAAUCGCAGAAGCCGAAACCCUUUUUAUUCAUUUAGUAAUACAAGGAAUAAUGAUUGGGUCUUCUCAUCUACCUGUCUUGAUGAGGACAUUGACAGGUGUUCAGGCUAGGAGGUGCUUACAGGUGAUACAGAGGCAUCCCCAGCCAUCACUAACCCUUCUUAGAACCACAAGAACUUUUUCUACACCCCCUCCCAGCCAGCCCCCGAGGAGAGAAGAUGUCACAAAAGGGAAGGGGCCAAUCACAUGGAAGUCCCUCCUGUUCACUGGCAUCGUGGGGUCAGGACUCCUGGGGUUCAUGCUCUACAUUAGGAGAGAGAAAGAGUUAGCACAGGAACGUGAGAGGAAGAGAGUGCUAGGGAAGGCCAGCAUUGGGGGUCGCUUUGAAUUGAUAGAUCACCAUGGAACACCAAGGUCAAGUGAUGACUUCCUAGGCCAGUGGUGUCUGCUGUACUUUGGCUUCACACACUGCCCUGAUGUGUGUCCAGAUGAACUUGAGAAAAUGGCCAAAGUAGUGGAUGAAGUUGAUGCAAUGAAGACAGUACCAGACAUUCAGCCGCUGUUUAUCACUGUGGACCCCUUCAGAGAUACAAAGGAGCUGAUUAAGGAGUACUUGAAGGAAUUCCACCCAAAGAUGCUAGGUUUCACAGGUUCUACUGAAAAGAUCGGAGAAGCUUGCAGAGCAUACCGUGUUUACUUCAGCGCAGGACCAAGAGAUGAUGAUGAUGAUUAUAUUGUGGACCACACCAUCAUCAUUUACCUCAUAAAUCCUGAUGGAGAGUUUGUUGACUACUAUGGCCAGAACAAAACAGCAGAGCAGGUAAUAGCAAGUGUGGUGUUCAACAUGAAGAAGUUUGAGGAAAUAAGCAAAAAAAAGAGCUUAUUUGGUGGCCUUAUUUAAUAAUUUGCAGAAUUUAUGGUGUGUUUUUGGCAUUCCUAUGUUUAUGUAUAGAGGAGAAUUUGGUGUGAACCUGCCAAUGAAGUCACAAUGUUCUAGAAUUGUUAUCCUUCAACAUCUUUUUAUAAAUCAUCAAUUGUGCGUGGAUAAUUCAUUGUAUAUAUUCAUUAAUCAUCUGUGCUUUGGUGAUCCCUAAGGUUAUUAGGGGUUGAUGUAAGUUUUGUAAUAAAACAAUGUUGAAUG